AUGGAUACCGUGAACGCAACAUCACCGUCAAACCCGCUCGAGGCCGGCCUCGAGAGUCCUAAAAGCGUUUCGAAGACAGCAUUCAAUCAUGACGUUCGCUUUUGGCUUGUCUUCAUAGCUCUCUGCGUGACCUCCUUACUUGCUGCUUUGGAGGGAACCGUGACGUCGACGGCGCUGCCAACCAUCGUGGCUGAUCUGCACAUUGGCGACAACUAUCCAUGGGUGUCCAAUGCCUACUUUUUGACCACAGCAUGCUUCCAGCCUAUCUACGGACAAGUUGCGAACGUCUUCGGUCGCCGGUAUCCCAUGAUCUUCUCUGUCGUCCUCUUCAUCCUGGGCAGCGGUCUCUGUGGCGGCGCAUCAAGCGAAGCAAUGCUGAUUGCUGGCCGUGCCGUUCAGGGAAUUGGCGGCGGAGGCAUCAAUAUGUUGAUUGACCUGAUUAUUUGCGAUCUGGUGCCUCUGAAUCAGCGAGGAGCGUACCUUGCCCUGUUGUUCGUCGUGUUCGCUAUCGGCACUUCACUUGGCCCCUUCAUCGGCGGAGCGAUUGUGAGCAAUACCACCUGGCGUUGGGUGUUCUACCUCAAUCUCCCCAUUGGGGGGGUUGGUCUUCUCCUCUUGAUUCUCUUCCUCCAGGUGAAUUAUGACCGCGAGACCUCGAUUCCGACAAAGUUGAAGCGGCUGGACUAUCUGGGCAACUUGCUUUUGGUCGCAGCUAUUGUAGCAAUUCUGAUUGCCCUCAGCUGGGGAGGUACUCGCUACCCGUGGUCCUCUGGCCAUGUGCUGGCCCCGUUGAUUGUCGGCCUGCUGGGCAUCCCGGCAUUUGUGCUGUUCCAAGCCUCGCCGCUCGUUAAGGACCCGACGACCCCCUUGCACCUCUUUGGCAAUCGCACGUCUAGCAUUGCAUUUUUCCAGACAUUCAUGCACGGACUCCUCAGCUUUUGGAUUCUGUAUAUGCUUCCUGUGUAUUUCCAGGCGGUCUUACAAUCCUCGCCCGAGCGAUCAGGCGUCCAGUUACUGCCCACCGUCGUCUCCAUGAUUCCAGUCGCCGGUGUCUCAGGCGCCGUUCUGUCAAAGACAGGAAACUACAAGAUCCUGCACAUUGUAGGAUUUGCAUUGCUUACUAUCGGAAUUGGCUGUUUUACAAUCCUGGCGCCGGACUCAUCCACCGCUGCCUGGACACUGACGCAGAUGGUUGCGGCCUUUGGCGCUGGCAUCAUCAUGCCCGUACUCCUUCCUGCCGUGCAAGCCGGGCUCGAGGAGAAAGACACGGCAACCUCUACGGCACUCUGGGCGUUUGUUCGCAGCUUCGGCAUUAUCUGGGGUCUGUCGGUCCCCGCUGCCAUCUUCAAUAAUCAGUUCGAUCGAUACGCCUCUUCUAUCAGUGACCCUGCCGUUCGGAGCAUGCUGAGCGGGGGAAAUGCCUACUCGUAUGCGUCGAGCACCAUGAUCAACGCGCUGAGCCCGAAAGUGCGGCAAGAGACAAUCGAAGUAUAUUCGCGCAGUCUACGGGUGGUAUGGCAGGUCUCGAUUGGAUUCUCGGGGCUGUCAUUCUUGCUCUGCUUUUGGGAGAAGAGCAUCAAGCUACGGUCCCAGCUGGAUACUGAAUAUGGACUGACGGGAGUCGAGCAAGAUCGCCCUGCGGAAAAGCAUCCUGCCGCGUGA